AUGCAACCCACACCUGCUCGACCUGCUUCACACGUGGCGACAGAGGUUGCAGUCCUGCGCUACUUGACCCGAUACCAUCCGUUGCUUUCGUCGAUCGAUGGAUCUUCUGAGCAGCAACUGCCCAGCUCGGCCACGCCGAGUCGCUCCGCCGUCGAUUGGCAGCCGCCGUUCUUCCUUCCUUUCCUCGUCGCCUCCUUCAUCUCAUCGGGUUGCCUCCGCAACUUUGGCGACAGCGGCGUCCGCAUUGAAAACUGA